UUUCUGGUUUUAGUUUAUUUUCAGAAGUUUGCUAUUGGUUUCCAAUUCUCAGUAGGCUUGUGCAUGGAUUUCAACAACUGGGUUAGACUUAGGACUCAUUUCCUGUAAAAUAAAAUUGAUACGGUUUAGGCUUUUGAAGUUGAGUUUCUGUGGGCAUCAAUCCAGCGGAUGCUGAGAAAGCUUUAAAUACUUAGUGAUAACUAGAGGAUUAUAUUGAUUCAGCAUGGAAAUGACUUCAAGAGCGGAGAUUGAUGAAGAUAUUGACAACAACAAGGGAAGCAUGUGGGUUUUGGAUCAGAAGCUUGAUCAACCAAUGGAUGAGGAGGCCGGGAGGCUCAAAGACAUGUAUAGGGAGAAGAAAUCCUCCGCAUUACUGCUUCUUCAGCUUGCAUUCCAAAGUCUUGGAGUGGUUUAUGGUGACUUGGGCACUUCUCCCUUAUAUGUUUUCUACAAUACAUUUCCUGAUAAAAUUCAAGACCCAGAGGAUGUUGUUGGAGCUCUUUCAUUGAUUAUAUACUCACUUACUCUUAUCCCGCUCCUCAAGUAUGUGUUUAUUGUGUGUAAAGCAAAUGACAACGGUCGAGGUGGAACAUUUGCUCUAUAUUCGUUGCUUUGUAGACAUGCAAAUAUAAAAACCAUCCCUAAUCAACACAGGACUGAUGAGGAGCUAACAACUUAUAGUCGUUCUACGUUUCAUGAAAAAACAUUUGCUGCUAAAACAAAGAGAUGGUUGGAGAGACAUGUAUCCAGGAAGAAUGCGCUUCUCAUUCUUGUCCUUGUUGGUACAUGCAUGGUCAUUGGUGAUGGAAUACUCACUCCGGCAAUAUCAGUUCUUUCAGCUGCUGGGGGCAUCAAAGUAGAUAAUCCACACGCGAGCAGUGGUGUUGUUGUGGUUGUCGCUGUUGUGAUAUUAGUAUGUUUAUUUAUCAUGCAACACUAUGGUACAGAUAGAGUUAGCUAUCUCUUUGCCCCAAUUGUGCUUCUUUGGUUUCUCGUAAUUGGAGGCAUUGGCAUAUUUAACAUUUGGAAAUAUGACAGCAGUGUUUUGAAAGCAUUUUCACCUCUAUACAUAUACCGAUAUUUUAAGAGGGGAAGGAAAGUUGCAUGGACCUCCCUUCGGGGUAUUAUGCUUAGUAUCACUGGUACUGAGGCGCUUUUUGCAGAUCUAGCGCAUUUUCCAGUUUCAGCUGUGCAGAUUGCUUUUACUGUGGUUGUAUUUCCUUGCCUUAUCCUAGCGUAUUCUGGACAAGCUGCCUACCUCAUGGAUCACGGGGACCAUGUGGUUGAUGCAUUUUAUCGCUCUAUCCCAGAUAAAAUAUAUUGGCCUGUUUUCGUUAUUGCUACUGCUGCUGCUAUAGUUGCGAGUCAGGCCACCAUAUCAGCAACCUUUUCAAUUAUCAAGCAAGCGCUUGCACUGGGUUGUUUUCCAAGAGUGAAGGUUGUACAUACGUCGAAGAAUUUCCUUGACCAGAUAUAUGUUCCUGAUAUUAAUUGGAUCCUUAUGGUCCUUUGCAUUGCUGUUACUGCUGGAUUCGAGAACCAAAGUCAAAUUGCAAAUGCUUAUGGGACAGCUGUGGCGACAGUCAUGCUGGUAACCACUUUACUUAUGACUUUAAUAAUGAUUUUGGUGUGGCGCUGUCAUUGGAUUCUUGUCUUUCUCUUCACUAGCUUGUCCUUGGUUGUAGAGGGCACAUACUUUUCUGCUGUACUCUUCAAGGUUGAUCAAGGCGGAUGGGUUCCCCUUGUAAUUGCAGCAGUCUUUUUGCUCAUCAUGUAUGUUUGGCAUUAUGGUACAGUGAAGCGAUAUGAGUUUGAGAUGCACAGUAAGGUUUCAAUGGCGUGGAUUCUUGGGCUUGGCCCUAGUUUAGGACUAGUCCGGGUUCCUGGAAUUGGACUAGUGUACACUGAGCUAGCAAAUGGCGUUCCCCGCAUAUUUUCCCAUUUCAUCACCAACCUACCAGCCGUCCAUUCUGUUCUUGUUUUCGUCUGUGUGAAGUACCUUCCUGUCUACACUGUUCCAGAAGAAGAAAGGUUCCUUGUAAAGCGGAUUGGACCGAAGAAUUUACGCAUGUUUCGUUGCGUUGCUAGGUAUGGCUACAAAGACCUUCGUAAGAAAGAUGAUGAUUUUGAGAAAAAGCUGUUCGAUAGCCUCUUCUUAUUUAUCGGGCUGGAGUCAAUGAUGGAAGGGUGUUCAGAUUCAGAUGAAUAUAGCAGCUCGUAUGACCAGCAUAGUGGCAACAUCACUUCCUCCAAUAUUGAUACCGCAAUGUCACAUGUGGAUUCAAUAGUGCCAGUCAGAUCAUCUGGCCAAGUAAGAAGCCAGACUGAGAGUGAUGAGUUGGAAUUUUUGAAUAGCUGUAGGGAUGCUGGGGUGGUGCACAUUCUGGGUAAUACAAUGGUGAGGGCAAGAGGGGAUGCAAAUUUUUUCAAGAAAAUAGCCGUUGAUUAUGUAUAUGCAUUUCUCAGGAAGAUAUGUAGAGAGAAUAGUGUGAUUUUGAAUGUUCCUCGUGAGAGCCUGUUGAACGUAGGACAGAUUUUUUACGUAUGAGGAUUUUGCUG